CAGCUGUUGACUACAGUUCGAGACAGAAUCAGAGCUCAGAAUCAUAAAGUAUGGAUGGAUAUAGAUGAUAUGGAAGGCAGUACUCUACAAGCCAUGGCUGAUGCUAUUGAAAACGCUGAAAUUGUUCUCAUCUGUAUGUCCAGGAAGUAUAAAGACAGUCCUAAUUGCAGAGCAGAGGCGGAGUAUGCUCACCAGCUGAGAAAGAAGGUAAUACCGUUAAUAAUGGAGAGAGGAUAUCGACCUGACGGCUGGCUGGGUAUGAUACUAGGAGCCAAGUUGUUCUAUGAUUUUAGUGGAAAGUAUCCAUUCGAGUCUAAGAUUGAGGGUUUAUUAAAGGAGAUU